AUGGGCGAUGUGUCGCCCGGCAGAGGCAACGGCGCACCCCUCCAACCGCUCCCAGCCUGGCUCUCGCGCACUUCCUCUCCAACCGCGACCGUCGACCUGCCCUACACCUUCGCGACCCUCCUGCCAAACGGCGUACCAACCCUCAUUGUCACAGCCCAACGAGUCACGCAAUACGGCACCGACAUCCUCCAGCUCCCUCUCACCAUCGACCCAGCAGCGGACGUAAGCGGGCAGAUUUUGGGCGACUUGUACACGACGCCGGGAGGGGAUGCGACGCAGACGGUUGUGAGAGAGCUGGGAGGAACGAGGAUGUUUACCCUCGGCGGGGGCAGCGGGACACAGGCUUUGGCGGGCGCUACAACGGCGGGCGUCCAGUCUGCUCCAGCAGCGGUAACUGCCAUGUCGCCUGCAGAGCCGUCUUCUGCGGCGUCUGUUGGAGCUCCUUCAGCUUCCGCCUCUUCGCCUCCGGUCACCCCGUCUCCUUCGCCCACAUCGCCCUCCACACAGGCUUCCUCCGCACCCGCCGCGUCGUUAGCGAGCGUAGCGACCUCUCUUUCGGCCGCUCUCGCCAGCGCAACUGCCGCGUCGACGGUCGAUCCGGCUUCUGUCGCCAGCUUGUCGAGCGGUUACGCUUCUGCUACGUCCGCCCUCUCCGCAACCUCCUCAUCCUCCUCCUCCGCUGCAUCCCUCACCUCCGCCCCUUCCUCCUCCCUCAGCCCUACAGUACCUCCCUCCCUCUCUUCCAGCACAUCCGCCUCCUCUACCUCAUCAUACUCCUCCCCCGCCCUCAACGCCGCUGACCACCUAACCCCCUCCCAACUCGCCGCGGCCAUCGCCGCCCCGCUCUGCUUCUUCUUCCUCCUCCUUCUUCUCCUCUCACUCUGCUGCUGCUGCCUUCGGCGGAGGAGACGACGACAAAGUGCAGUGGCGGAAGAAGAAGAACUCCUCGACAGCCCUGCUUCUGCUUCGGAGCCGAAGAAGAGGAUCAAGAGUGGAGGGGUCCUGUGGGAAUGGGUUCCGACGAGGACUCCCUCGAGGGUGAGCGGGCGGAGUGGGAGCGGGAGGAGCGUGCUGAGUCGCUUGACGGGGGGGUUACUUGGACGCGGAGGAGGAGGAGUGGGAGGAGGGAGGAGUAUGGCGGGUAGUUCGCCGCAGGAAGGGACGGAGAAGGGGUUUAGUCCGAGGACGACCGAUGGAGGGGAGGGGAGAUCUCCGAGAACGGAGGAAGAGAAGGGGUUGUUGAGCGGACGAGAGGGAGAAAGUGGGAGAGAUACUGCAGUCGCGGCGGGUGUUGCGGGACUAGCAGCGGCUGGAGUAGCUCGACAAGCGCACCCGUAUGCUCGGAACGACGACCUCCGUCGCUACGACCCCGUCGAGCCAUUCGACGACAUCGACCUGACCUCUCCCCGGCUCGACCUCGACUCCCCAACCUUCCCUUCUCGCCCACUCUCUCCCCCAACGCUCCUUCCAAUCCAACCAUCGAGCCCGAUCCGACUCUCGCGGUUCUACGACCCGACAGGCUCCUUAGCGAACGCUUACUUCCCUCCCUCUCCGUCGUCUUACAGCACUCCCUCGCGAUUCGUCCCCUCCUCGGAGGUUCCGUAUUCGAACGCUUCGUAUGCGCCUCCUGUACCCCUCGCGUACGCGGAGGGAAGGGGAUCACUCCCGCUGGGCCCGGUGCGUCAAGCGACGAGUACGCUGAGCCAGCUCUGGCAGGGCUACGAGACGAACAGUCCGCGUACCGAUGCCGGUCUUGGAGGAUUGGGAGGGGACGACGACGAGGCGAGGAAGCGCGAGUCGAGCAGGCUCGGGUGCUUGAGUUUGUCCACUCGCGAGGGCGGGGCAGGAGGAGGGCCGCAGCAGGAGGAGUAUACGCCGCCUCAGACACCGGAUUUGCCUGCUCUCAGGGUUAUCCACGAGAGGGAGGACGACGAGCGGUCUUAUAGCGGGUCGAGCGAGGGCUCGAGACCGGUUCAGGGGAGACAGGCGCUCGUGUCUGAGGGAGGCUGGCUGAGCGGGCGAUUGAGCGGGUUGUUCCCCAGUACUCGACCGAGUCGAGACACGCUGUACGAGGCGGACGAAGAGGACGAUGGAGCGGACGAAGAGAGGGACAGGCUGAGGGUUCCGCUGGGCGUGGCGAGGAGAGGGAGUGGUGAUACGAAUGCGAGUGGACAAUCGGAUGACUUUCGGGGUCUGACGGGCGGGGACCUCUUCUUGAACAGUCCUCGCUGGGUCGGCACACGCCGCCGACGCUCUUCCCCCCCUCCCUUCUCCUCCUUCGAGCCGCUCGGAUCCACAGCCGUCUCCUACGACCCACCCAUCAUCCUUCACCACCAACCCUCCUUCACCUCUCUCAACCCGCCCUACCGCCAACCACGCCACUGGUCGUCCUUCGCAACCGAAACAGACUCGCGCUACCACGACGCCGACUCGCCCAUUUUCGCUCCUACGCCCGCCGAGUCACCGGGUUUGUACCCCUCCGCGCCGAUGCCGCGGGUCACGACUAUCGUGAAAGGCAGGCAUCAGAGGGAAGAUAGUGGAGCGAGUGUGCUGGGACGGAUUGCGGCGGGUUUUGGAGCGUUGAAGGGAGGGGUCGCAGCUGGGUUGGGGAUUGAGGGAGAGGGAGCGGGUGCGGGGGGAGCGAGGAGGAGGGGGAUGCCGAGGAGGAGGGAGUUCUCGACGGAGAGCAGCAUGGAUCCCUUCCAAUACUCUUACGCGACCGCCAACCUGCCGACCGUCCCCUCGCCCACCUCGAGUCCACGCAAACAACGUACUCGACGCUCCCUCACGACCCUGCGCCACUCGCAGUCACAGCCCAUGAUGCAGAAGCAAAGCUCGAAUGCUCCGCCUCUGCCUUUCCCGUCUGCUCGACCGUUGUCGACAGUUGUUGGGCGGUACAUGGACCCCUUCGCGGAUGCCGACGUCGACGCCGACGCCGACGAUGAGCGAGUGAGACCGCCCCGCGCGCACCAGGAUCGACGGGAGCAUGAGUAUGGGCAGGCGAGGGAUGGGCCGGACAUGGUAGAGAUUCGGCGGGUCGGCGAGCAGUCGGAGUGA